UCCACAAGAAAAAUUAAAAGAGAGAAUUUGUCAGUCAUACUUGCGUCUCUGUCAAUGUCUUCUCCCUCAGAGAGUCCAACUAUGGAGCCUGUUGAGCAAAGUCAUCCGGAUCACAAGGCUUCUGUUACUAUUUUUACUCAACAGGUGGCUUCUUACAGCCUUAGCCCUAACAAGCAAUCACCUGCACAAGGUGAUCAAGGUCUAUUCACUCCGACGAGCGAGACUGGUGUUUCUUUGACAACCAACGUGUCAGCCGCCGCCGGCGGCACAGAUCAUGAGCUUUUGGAAGACGAGGCAAACAGUUUGCAUAACAACCUGAUAAGGGAUCAAGAUGAUUUUUUCAAUUCCUUCCCACCUGGCUAUAGGUUCAACCCAUUUGAUGGCGAACUUAUUGUGCAUUAUCUCAUGAAAAAGGUCUUGGAUCAGCCCUUGCCGCCAAACCGGAUCUUUGAAGUUAACCUAUACCGCUACAAUCCCGAAGUGCUUGCUGAAAAAUAUGAGAAAUAUGGGGACAAAUGGUAUUUUUUUACUCCAAGGGACCGGAAGUAUCGCAAUGGAAGUCGCCCAAAGAGGGCAGCUGGGGAUGGAUAUUGGAAGGCGACCGGAGCUGACAAGGAAGUGAAGUCAUUUGAUGGAGCUGUUGUUGGAUCGAGAAAGGCUCUGGUUUUCUAUAGGGGCAAACCCCCAAAGGGUGACAAAACCAACUGGAUCAUGCAUGAGUUUAAAGUCAAGGAUUCUCCUGUUCGAAGCAGAAGGGGUGAGAAUGACAUGAGGUUGGAUAAUUGGGUACUCUGUAGAAUUUAUAAGAAGGAUGGUAACAAUGGCAAAAGAUGUGAAAGUCGAAAUCAUGCUGAAAUACAUUCUCCAUUUCCGCAUAGAAUAAAUGACGAAAGCAUGGAGAUUGAGAUGAGUGGAGAUAUUGUUGAUCCUUUACCUGAGUAUGAUCCUGCACUGGAGUAUGACCAUAAAUACUCAUAUAUACCAUAUCCUCUUAUGGCAUCUCAGCCAAAUAUUUCCUGUGGGCUCCCAGUUAACAUGAUUAGCAAUAAUCGAAUUCAGUCUGUUGAAGCAGCCUCUGUGAAUGCUGGGAGCUGCUAUGCAAAUAUGGGGUACUCGCAACCAAUAUGCGUUAGACCUCCAUUGAUGUCUUCUGAGAGUGUUCUCGGGCCUUACAGAUAUAUAGAUGAAUCAACUAUUCUUCAAGAUGACAUGAUAUUCGGCAUGAAGGGGUUUGAACAUAGCCUUUACAGUACAAAUAAUUAUGCAGGGCAAUUCUCAGCUUUGGAUAAUGUUUUUCCUUAUACGGAAUAACAUCCCAUCAUUGAUCGAUGGAACUCAUCAACUUUUGUUGCUAUCAUCUGCUUUUGCUAUGAAUUUUAGGGUUUACGGUCGGAUUUAGCUAGUCAGUUAGUUUUUGGAACGUGUUUGUUAGUAGCUCUUAAUCGUCUAACGGAAGUUUAUUAAGGUUUAUAUUGCUCUACUUGGAUUUAUCUAUGAUUAAAGUACUUUAUUUGUUUUUAUAGUACUAGCUAGUAACUGAUUAUUUGCUAUGAAUUAUGAAUUCCGAAUGUAAAAACAAAUUUUAUGUAAAAAAUAUCAAGGGAAGUAGCCCGUCCUUUGUUGUGUAA